AUGACAAUACUUAACGAAGAAGUUCAUGUUAAAGAUGUUACAAAUUUAAAAGAACCAAAACCUAUCUCGGAAGAGCUUAAUAUAGAAACGAAAGUAGAGUUAGUUAGUUUAUUAAAGGAUAUCAAUUCUAUUGUUGAUGAAAUUGAUAAAGGAAUAUUUAAAAAAUUUUACGUCCCAGACAUAGAAUAUUGUUAUAAAAUUGAAGAUAAUAGGGAACUUUACAGUCCAGCAAUUAUAUUUUGCUCACUUUUCAAUCUUCUUUGGAGUCAUGGACUAAACUACGAAAGUGACGUUCUGUUACUUGGACUUUCUGAUAAAAUUCACAAUUACCUAGUAAAUAUCACUGAUGGAACUAUAAUGGAAAUUGGUUGUUAUUGGUUGACUAACUUCCACACAGUGGAUAGAUAUAUGAAUGAGAGACUGGAAUUGUUACUGAAUGUGAAUAACAAAUCAAAUGAUAAUAAUAUAGACGACGAGAGUUAUAAAGAGGAAUUGUUCAUAUACACGACAAGAAAGAGACAAUGUGAGCUUAUAUGCACUGAUAUAUAUAAUAUUUGGACAGAAAAAAUAUGUGUCAUCAUUAGUAAUUUAUUGCAUCCUCCAACCUUUUUUAUCGAAACAAUGCCCGAUUUAAAUGGCAAUUUCGAUGAAUACAUACCAAAGAUGUUUGAAUCUGAUGUGAUGAGAGCUUUGGAUAAUGUUUUGGUAUUUUUUGAUCAGGUUUUCUGGAGAAUGAAGUGUCUAAAUUUGGAAGACACAGUGGCCGAAAAGACAUUAAAAACUUUAUUAAAUUAUUUUGAUAAAAUUUGCUUCAAUGGUCUUGUAACUUCCCCAGGAUUAUUUUUAGAGAACCGUUCAGUUUCUUUUAAUUAUAAUUUAAAUAAAUUUUGUCAGUACAUUGAGAAAUAUGAAUUAACCGAAUUCGAACCAUUUCCAUAUUUGUAUGAGAUUAAAAGACUAUUAGACCUCACUAAGACCGAACUAGCAAAUGCUACUGAUUGUCUACAAUUAGCUCCAAAAUUAACUUCGAUCCAAAUCCAAUCAAUUCUAUGUAAAAACAUUUUUGAGGACAUUAAAAACCCUUCAUUGAUGAAGUUCUUAAAGAAGAGCACCAAAAGGGGACCCGAUGAAAAGCCUGUUAUAGAAGAGCUAUUAAUAAGCAUUGAUCAUAAAAAUGUUGAUUAUCCUUUUAUUAACAAUUCUUUGGAUACAUUAAACAUUAAUGAGAUAUUUAUGCCAACAUUACUAAAGAUUCCAAUAAUUGAAAAGAUAAUGACUUUAUACAAACCUUCAAAUAAAAUCAAGCAUUGCAAUAUUGGAUCCAACGAAUUGAAAUUAGAGAAAACAAGCUCAAAUGAUAGCUUCAAAAUUGAAGAUUUUAUUGAGUUCAAAGAUUAA